AUGUCAAGAACCACAACGCCCGAUGGUCUUGACAAUAGAUCGAGUCGAACUCGCCCUCGCGUUUUCCCUUACACCAAAUACCUGCCCUACGAGACCGAAACGGCGGACCAAAGACAGCAAGAUGUGGAUGAGAUGAUCAAGCACCUAUACAUUGCAGUUGGUUCAGGCGACUUCGUGCCGGGGGCGGUGCACUGGACAAAAGAGAUUCGCGGCUGGCUGUCGCUCAAGUUCGACCUCAGUCGUCAACAGCGCAUCAGUUUGACAAAGCUCUACUAUGAACUUGCUCUAGCGCCAGGCCUUGAGUACACAGUCGCUGAGCGCUUUGCCAGCAUGUUUAUGGUCUUGACCAAGCGCCGCCACUACCUGAAGCCGAUAGACGACCUAGUACUUGACUGGAGGCCAUUAUACCAAGAGAUCAAGGUCUUCGUGCUACCUGGCGAGUUCGCGACACCUAACACCUUCUCUAGCAAGCGCAGCAUCCGAACACUCACAAAGAUCUGCACAUUCGCCCAGCUCUUCUUCGACCCGAAAGAAAUCCCCGCCAUCCUCGAUGAACUCCUCCCUUUCUUCUCUAUGUCGCCUUCAGAAAGCGCCUUCGUUGUGCUCGGCCUGCUCAACCUCUUCUUUCCCACUCACGCCCCUCCGCCGAACCAACCUGAGCUUCAACCUCAACAUUACCUACCAACAUUCUUCCACAUGUGGUCAAUAAUCAACCGCUCGACAUUCACAGACCAACGCUUCCUCGACAUGUUCUCUAGACUGUCGCGCGACUGUCUCACCGUCGAACACGUACCAUUCAGUGAACACGGCAUAUACACCGCUGAGCAGACAUCGAUGGUCUUCACGUCCAUCCUAAGAUUGCUCGAGAUCCCCGUUGGCCAGGCUUCGUCACCGUACCACAUCAAUAUUGAUCUUGGUGCAGGUCUGUCUGCGCUUCUGGAGCGUGAUCCUCGCAAGCAUCCUGCUUCUAGGAGCAUUGCAAGAUGGAUUAUCAUGUCCCUUUCACCGGCCUGUCUUGACGUAAAAGACGGGAGAUCCAUCCUACACCAACUCGAGGGUCUUAUUCAGGGCAUCGAGACGUUCUUCCAUCCCUCAAAUACGGGCGCCUGGACAAAGACGCUUUCACAACUCGUCUACUAUCUCGCAGACUUUUUCGUAAUGCGUUGGAAUAGAGAAGAGAGUGGCGAAUACAAGAUGCCUGCUGACCGCAGGCUGACACCUGAGUUACGGAAGCGGUUUGUCUUGUGCUUGAGAGAAGUCGUUUUCAUGAACAUCUACUCCAAGAGCGGUACUGCUGUCAACUACGCACUUUCCACAUUGCAAUGUCUGGCUUUCCUUGAACCUAAUCUGAUUCUUCCUGGUGCUCUCCAAAGAAUCUAUCCUGCUAUGCAAGGUCUGGUUGAGGUGCACAGAACCACUUCGUCUAUCCGUGCUCUUCAAAUGCUGUCUAGAAUCAUCGCUCGUACAAAGGGUUUCAGAUGUCAUCUUACCACUCUACUCGGCCUCGCUCUUCCUGGUAUUGAUGCAAAUGACCUUGACAAGACCAUGAAUUCUCUUUCUUUCGUUCAGGCUGUUUGUUACAACAUACCACUACACGACCUCACCAAAAGUGCUCAAACGGAUUCAGACGGCGAGCCUAUGUCAGGAAGUACAGCUACUGCAGUCGAAUGGAUCACGCAGCAAGUCGAUCGCUUCGAGACUGAAGGCUCUAAGAUUGAGUUGGAUUAUGAGAACGAGCUUACCGACGAAGAUGAGGAAAUCAUUCUUCGAUCAUCAACUGCUGGCUUCGCUGAGUUCCUGAUCGCUUUCCUUGGUCGUGUGUUCACUUUACUCCAGAAUCUGCCCGAUGCUUCUCGCGUCAAGAGCGGAUCACCUGAAGAGAAUGUUGUCAACACUCUGCCAGCUGCAUUUGCCCCUUUGCUUGCGGCUUUGUCGCCUGAACUUUACGACAUUGCUUUGCAGCAAAUUGCCAAGUUUGUCACAAACCAUGUCGUGCACCAAGCUCGUGAUGCUAUGGCGUUCAUCUGCAAUACUUUGGUCAAGGUCUCUCCCAAGAAGGCUUUGAGCCGACUUCUGCCUGACUUGAUCUCGAGCAUCAGGACAGAGAUCGACGAGAACGGUGCUGGUUCGAGCAGAACUUCUGGUUCCGAGAUUCUUCCUCGCGAUCGUGCUCUUGUAUGGAACAUCAGUCUGCUGAGCAUGUGUGUAGUUCACGUGGGCUCCGACGUGCUUGACUUCCAGGAUGAACUGUUCGACAUUGCAAGUUACAUGCAGGACAAGUGCAAGGGUAUCCCUCUCGUUCAUGUUUCUAACUUUGUCCACCAUUUGCUGCUCAACUUGACUGUCACCUACACUACCGACUACUCUUUGUACGAUCAGGCAGAUCUGAAGAAGGGGUUGCAGCCGAGUGAUUGGGCCAAGCUACCAGACCCAAAGAAUUUGAAAGUCCAGUGGCAUGUGCCUAAGGAAGCUGAGAUAGACUUCGCCGUGAGAAUCUUCGAGUACCAAGGCAAGCGAUCGAUUGAUGCGCUCAAUGCUCUGACUAGUGACGAUUCGCCUGUGAAGAGGGAUGGCACCGGCAAGGAUUGGUCAGAUGAGGUUUCUCGUAACCUGGUCCUCCUGCGCUUGCUCAUCUCGGGAAUAUCCUGCUUUUUCCGUUCAGAUGACGAGUCCGUCACUCCUGUUAGUGGUCACGACACCGAAGUGAAUGGCAGUAUCUCGCCCAAAGAGGAGGUGCAGCAGAGCCCGAAUGAUCUGGCUGAGCCCGACGAUGACAAGAUUCGCAAGACUUUCAUCUAUCCUACUGGCUAUCCACUCCAGACUAGCAGCCCUCAUUACGAAGCAGUGCACAAGUUACGUCGUCUUACUGGCGAGACACUACAUCGUGUGCACGAGUUCCUGACUCAACACCAGCAAGACGAUGUCCUCUGCUUCAACGCACUUUACACAGCCUAUCGCUCAUGGUUCAUCGAUAUUGGUAUUGAGAGAUCUGCUCACGUCUUAGACAGACUUAGUCGUCUUCUUUCGGCAGACAUUCACCCUUAUAAGUUCAGUGGUACGCGCAAGGCCUACCCACGACCUCUUCUUGCCAGACGUGCCAACUUGUACCAUUUCCAAAGAUUGAGGUACAACGAGUCUCCUCGCGCAGCAUCAGACCUUGACAAGGUACUCCUACUCGAUUUGGCUCAGUCUAGUGUGUCUGUCUACACAGAUAUCCGACGCACAGCUCAGACCGCAUCCGAGUCGGCUGUUCAGUGUAUCAUUGGUGCCAAACCUCUCAUCAUCCCUCCCCUCCUGGAUGCUCUGGAGGAUGCUGUCAACAAGACGGACUUCUCACGCAUCAAGGGUGCCGUCUUCUCUCUGCUCUUUGGCAGUCUAGCUCGUCCCAUUGAGCGCAACUGGAAAUUUACUCCAAGACUCAUCAGAUUGUUUAUUCGUGUAGGAGAGACGGACAAGCCGAGUAUCCAGAAGCUCGUUAGCAACGCCAACUUCCAGGUACACUCGAUGUGCAGAGCCUUAGAUCGCAUGGUCAUCUUGGACGAGAAGACUGUUGACAAUAUUUGGCCAGCUGAGAGCAACACUCAGCCUUCUGACAAGUCUAAGAUGGUUGCGACUUCUUUGGAAGAUGCCAAGGCGCUGCUUCCUCCUAAGCAGGACCGCAUCCGUCAACGCAGAAUGCUGAUUGAAGGAAAGAAGUCUGAGCUUUCUUCAGAGUUGGUUGUAAUGAUCAAAGACUCACAUUGGCGCAAGGCUCAGCGUGUCGCAGCCCUUGUGAUUGGCCUCGACUAUCGAUACGAGACUAUUGCCUCGGAUGGCAUGCUUGACUUGGUGGUGAAAGGUGUGAUUGAUUCGCAUCCUUCUUUGCGUGUACUCUUCGCAAACGCGCUGCUUGCUAUCUGCAGUCUCAUCCAGACCAGAUCCAUGACCGAACACAAAUACGAGAACUACCUUCUCGACAAGCAAUUCCCACCCGAUCGUAUGAUUGUCAAGACUAAUCCGGAUGAUCCCAACUGGACCCAGCAGUACCUAGACGCCUUCUCACGCCCAGAGGCUGAGUACUAUGUUGAUGCUGAGUACCCCGGUUGGCUGGUAUGGGACAAGGUGAUGCGCGUCUCCAAAAACCAUGCUGUCGAGCUUGAUUAUGAUGAGGUGGAAGUUGAAACACGCAAACGCAUCGGCAAGCACAUCGAUCGCCAAUGGAUAUCAGUCUUCUUUGACUAUAUGAAGCAAGAACCCCGCGAUGCUCAAGAUCGCUUCCGCACAACAAACUGCACAGUCAUGUCUUGGGUUUUGGACCUGGUCAUGGUUGGUCUCACACCGGCAACAUUCGAUGAUGUAGUCGACCUUACAAAAGCCACCUUUGGCGACGGAAGUGACAAACACCAACAUCGUGCCACUGCAGAGAUCAUGGGUGCUCUCAUUAACGCUGCAGAGGACUGUCAACCCAAGGUGAAGGAGAAGGUCUGGGAAUUUGUGUUCCCUCUUCUUCAGCGUGUCUUCCAGGACGGUCUCACUCCAGAGAACUUGUCAUACUGGAGCAGUUUUUUGACUCUUACUGGGUGUGCAAGGGAUCCCCGAAGAUGUUGGCCUCUCGUCGACUACUUCUCCAGCUUCAGACUUGAUAUGUCAACCAAUGCUGCCUUCAAAGAGAGUUCCAAGAUAACUCUUCUGCAGCUUGUCAUCGGGACCUUUGGCUGGCAUUUCCAAAAGGAAAAGCCAAUUCUCGAGGACUUCUUGAAACACCUCGACCACCCCUACAAGGGCGUUCGCGAAAACAUUGGUAAUACCCUGUCAUCGAUAUACCGUAGUCGCUACUACGAGGGAUACAAGGAUGUCAAGACACUCAUGGAAACACAGAAGGCUGCAUCGUCCAUUGGUACACGGCCUUUCCAAGCAACGGACGAGUUCCAUGCAACUAUCAAGGAUGUCUUUGAGAGACUUGAGAAAUGGCGUCAAGAACGACCUCCUGGUAUUCAGACUCCGACACCAUACACACAGGCUAGCAAGACCGUGCUAUAUUGGCUGGAGUCCACAGUCAAUAACUACGACUGUACUUCAUUGAUAGAGUUCUUGCCCGAUCCUUUCAUGCAACAACUACUCAACAUGAUGGAUGUCAAGGAGGAUCCUGAGCUGCAAUCACAUGCAUGGAGUGUCUUCAAGCAAUUCCCCAACAUUCCUCAUCGGAAGGGUGAGGAUGAGGCUCUUGCAAAGAGUCUCGUCGAGAUUGGCAGAACCAGCCCUGCAUGGCACCAGCGUCUGCGUACACUGAUCAAUAUUCAGGUGCUUUACUUCCGCUAUCUGUUCAUCAUGGAGUCUUCACGCCGCGAGUACCUUCUCAAGAGUGUUAGAGACAUGCUGCAUGAUACACAGCUUGAAGUCCGCCUUGGGGCAGCUCAGACUAUCUCUGGCAUGAUUCGUUGUUCACCUGUUGAGUUCCGUGACAAAGCUGUGACAGAGUUGAAGGCACACUUCACAGAGCUGCUUGCCAACAACCCUCUGCCGAAGCGUGGCAGAAAUGCAGGACCUCCAGGUACCCCUACGCCCGAACAGAACCGCCUCGUCAUUACUCGCCACGCUGCCGUCCUUGGUCUCGGCUCGCUCGUACAAGCCUUCCCCUACGCCAGUCCACCUCCCCAGUGGCUGCCCGAAGCUUUGGCUACACUUGCUAUGAGGGCAGCAAACGACCCUGGGGUUGUAGGCAAAGCUGUAAAGACUAUUUUGAGUGAGUUCAGGAAGGUGCGACAAGAUACCUGGCACGUGGAUCUCAAGGUAUUCCAACCCGAACAACUGGAAGACUUGGAGGGUGUGUUGUGGAAGAGUUACUUUGCAUAG